AUGAUGACUGUGUCUCAGCAGCUGCUUGGGGCUCGGGUCUCAUGUCUGGGGGCAGUGCUGGGCUUCCUUUGCUUCUCAACGGUGCUGAAGGCAGCCCCUGAGUUCUCAGGUUACCUUCAAAAGGUGCUGAAGAACCACACAGCCCACGCCUGUGAUGGGGAGCAACUGGGAGUCAUUUGUCCCCACAAGACCUCCAUUAGCAUCCUAUCUGCAUUUUAUGGGCGUCGAGUGCCCAGCCAGAACCUCUGCCCGAGCACUGGCAAUAUCUCUGGUGAGAGCAUCAUGUGUGUAUCUGCCACAGCCCGCCAGAAACUUCUGGAUGAGUGCCAGGACCAGCGCUGGUGCCAGUUCUCUGUGCAUAGCCCAGUGUUUGGGCCCGACCCGUGUCCCGGGACACACAAGUACCUGAUAGUUUCAUACAAGUGCAGACCAGCUAACCACCGCAUUAAGACCGUGUGUGAGAAUGACAAGCUGAGGCUGCAGUGCAGGGCUAAAUCCGUCCUAGCAAUUUACUCCGCAAGCUAUGGCAGAUCCACGCGGGGCAAACCAGAGUGUGACUCUGCGAACAGGACUGGACUCAAUGUAGAGUGCUUAGCUCCUGAUGCCUUGAGGAGAGUCUCUCGGAAGUGUCACAGGAAGGAGAACUGCACCAUCUUGGCUAACAAGGCCACCUUUGGUGACCCCUGCUUCCCUGGUGUGAAGAAACAGCUGAGGGUCUCCUAUACAUGUGUGCCAAGGCAGCUGUUUGAGGAGGUGGGCCAGGAUUCCCCAGACCCCUUCUCGCUCUCCGACUACACACAUGGUGGCUGGUACCAUGGGCCGAUGCUGUCCAGGCUCCGUGAAGAUCUGAUGAUUUUUACUAGCUCUCUGAAAACGUUUGCCCACCUCUGGGGUGUCCCCGAGAAGGUGGGCCUCUAUUUUCUGUGUGGGGUCUCCGGAGGCCUGGUGUUCCUGCUUUGUAUCUUCAGCCCCAAAAUGGCCUUCAUACAGGACAUGAAGGAGGUCUUAAAAGACUCGAAACUGGGGAGCAGCUCAGAGCUAAGCCGGACCAAGUUACGGCAUGACCACGACGAGGACAACCACGACGACAGCGCCUCAGACUCCUCAUUCCGCCGCCUCACCCGCACCUACCGUGCAUCCAACAACAUCUUCAGCCCGGAGCUGACCGCAGCCCUGGAGGGUGCUGCUGAGCACAGGGCCCAAGAGGGAGAGGAGAUCUGGAUGCUCAAAGAUUCCAGCCCCUACGCUAUUCACAAACUCAAAUCUGCUACCAAAUGA